UCCUUCAUUCAUAAAUUUAAAAUUCAAUUCCAAUGGAGUAAUUGCCAAUCUUCCUUUAAAUCAAUUAUGCCAUUUUCCUGUAAUUAUUUGAUUUAUUCAUUAAUUUUUAUAACUACCUUAUUCCUUAGUAUUUAUUCAAAAAAACAUGUUAAUAAUGCCUUGCUUAAUAUUUGUUUAAGUGGUAAAAACCAUAAAAAUAUUCCAAGCUCAGAGCCUUCCACUGAAGGCCUUGUGGGAGAAUGCAAAAGAUGGUCAUCCAGAAAUUGUUGUCUGAAAAAUACUACUAAAUUAAUUAAUGAAAAAGUUCCCUGGUAUGGAUUUAACGUUAAUCAUUGCAAUCAAACAAAAAAUAUUUCUGAAAAAUGUCAUAGACAUUUUAUUAGAGAUGCUUGCUUUUUUGAAUGUUCUCCCAAUAUUGGACCUUGGAUUAAAAAAAUAGAGGGUAAAAAAUUUGCAUCUGAAAAGUUUUUUGAUGUACCACUUUGUGCUGAAGAUUGUGAAAAUUGGUGGGAAGAUUGUAAAGAAGAAUAUACUUGUAGUGAUAAUUGGUAUCAAGGCUUCAAUUGGAUAAAUGGAACCAAUUAUUGUUCAAGUGCUAAUGGUUUAGUGAAUAAUUGCCAAAGAAUUGCAGAUAUUUUUAAAAAUUCUCAGGGAUUUUGUGAAAACAUAUGGAAUUAUUCAUUCAAAUACAUUCCUCAUUUAUCCAAAAAACCAUGCUUUAAAUUAAAUUUUGAUGGUAAAGCUGGUAAUCCUAAUGAAAAGGUUGCAUAUGAUUAUGUAUAUAAUCAUGCAUUUGUUCAACACAUAAAUUAUAAUUACCUUUACUUUAUAUUCUUUAGUUUUAUUAUAUUAUAUUGAUUCAAAUUUUUCUUGCAUAAUUAAAAUCAUGUGAUGUUAUUAUUUUGAU